AUGCUAACCGAGACUUUUCUGCGCAAGGCUAUCUUUGCGCGCUGCGCCAUUGAUCUUUGUGGCAAGAAAAUACUUCCGAAGGAUGCCUUUGUCGCUCUUCUGACCCAAGGGCACAUGACCCCAUCCCAGUUUCAGAUGUCUGAUGCCGAAGCGGUAAAGUACAUAGACACUCUCAAACGCGCCAAAAUGGUUGUUGUGGUGGAAGAUUACGUGUAUACUGACGUCAAGGCUGUUAUCGAUGCUGUGCAUCUGAAAAGCGGACUCCCUCUUGUACCCUCAACAAGUAAAGGAUUUAUGUGUUUUCACCAUAUGAUGUCUGAAUCUCUUGCUGCGUUCAACAGAGAGUGCUCACUGGCGAUGGAGCGGGCGGUGCGCCGUGAAAAGGAGUUCUGGGCCUUCACCGCUCUCGUGAGCGGUAUUCAGAUGCUAGUGUUGGCUUACCUGACGUUUCAGGUGUAUGGGUGGGAUGUAAUGGAGCCAGUCACCUUUUUUGUUACGACCGCAACGGCAUUGUGCUCAUACGCCUACUUCCUCUGCUUUCGCACUGAGCACUCGUACGAGAGCGUCGAUGACAACUUUCUUCCACACCUCCUCAUGAAAGAACUUAGCGCAUUGCGCGUGGACGCCAACAAGGUGAUACACGAUAUGAAGGCUAUGCAGGAGUUGCAGGCAGUUGUUUCGCUCGACGACGAGCGCGUUUCAAAGCUGGUUGAGGCAACUCUCGAGAAAAAAAGCACCUGCACAUACCUCUCCUGA